CAAAAAUAUAAUUCCAAACGUACAGUCAUUAUCACUGGAAAUGGAUUGUGGGUGAUAUGUAUGCCAUUGAGAACAUUGUAGUCGAGACGGAAUGGACUGGCUACGAGAGGAACCAUUCAUAACCGCCGAAGAUACGAAUAUCUUCAAAUUCCGAUGUGGAUCUGGUGUUGCGCUCGAGAUAUCCCGAGGCGAAAAUACCUCCUGGUGUUCCCGAGAUCAGAAGUUGGUUUCUGAUUCGGAUUGGGAUUCAUGGCUUGACACCGUAGAAGCCUCGGGUUUUCAUACCCGGACAGACGGCAUCUGUUUAAUACUCCUCGAGAGAGCCGAAAGUAAAUGGUUCGACUCUAUGUUAGCGUCUCAACUCCCAUUCUCGAGGGAAAUAUUUGAUAAAAUCACAAAGAAGCUCUUCGUGCACAGUUCCAUUGCGAGGGUCAUCAAUAGGAAUACAGUACCGCACUGCUCUUGUCAAUUCAAUGCGUGGGGCCCGGACGCUCCAGGGGCUAUUGCCUACAAUUGUCGAUCUUCGGCAGCUUGGCCUGAUGAUAUGGCGCUUUCGGCUACCUACUUUCCCGACCGAAGAUUUACCUAUGCGGUCGUGUAUGGCUGUCCUAGUCAUGCCGUCGCAACAAUUAAGUCUCGUCUUUUAGAUUGCCGACUUAAUACGUUUCAUCCAUUAACUUUACCGACUAUUCUUUCUGAUAUUGAGCGUUACCGCCACGUCGAUAUGGUGAACACAUACGUUAGCAAGUUGGUUCAACGAGUGCUAGACAUGGGAAACCCGACACAAGUCUCCAAAUCGACAAGUCAAUCCAGCAACUCCGAACUUGAAAAGCAGCUUACGGAAGACUCUAAGCGUGCAGCAGAUGAUGGCUCUGUGAUGGAAUGGCUAGAAAUGAGCCAUAUCCGCAACGAACUAAUAGACUGGCAAGCCCAACUUAGAAACCUGGUGCAACACGUCAACGACUUAGAAAGGUUUCGGUAUGAAGAGACUAUAGGGCCUAUUGCGGAAGGUGUAUUCAUCAGCAUGAGGGAUCAAGGGGUUCGAAUUAAGGAGCGGCUGAUACAAAUCAUCAAUGAAUAUGAUGCUAAAGCGAGAGAAUGCUCUACCAUCAUCGAUGGGAUGAGUUUCGCAACCCAGACGGAGUGGAAUAAAAUCGCGCGGGCGGACACGAAAACGAACUUGAAGAUAUCAAAGUCGACUAUGGAUAUAUCGAGAGCCACCCAGAGAGAUGGGAACCAUAUGCGAUCUAUCGCUUUGCUAACAAUGACAUUCCUUCCUGGUACCUUCGUUGCUACACUCUUUUCAAUGUCCUUUUUCGACUGGAAGCAGCAGAAUAAUAGUAUGAUGUCGCCUUAUAUUUGGAUAUAUGCUGCAGUGACUGUCAUCCUGACGGUAGUUACCUUUGCAGUCUGGUACUAUUGUACUGGUAAUAAGUCUCUUAUUAAGAAGAAGAACAUUCUCCCACUGUAGGAAUACAGAUACAUAGAGAUCGAUCUAAAUAGCAGUAUUUACGGUCUGGCGCCCUCGGCUUUCCAAGGUUAU